AUGGCUUAUUUCACAGCUUUCCAACAUAUCUGUUGGACAUUCCCCUAUCCGCAACCUGGGGACGCGCCCGAUGGCAUGCACUUGCGCACAGACUAUAUUAUCAACCUCUGUGGGUUAAAUAUUAAGCUUAAGACACUCUCUGAGUUUCAUGGUAUUAUCAAUACCAUAUCAUAUUCUCUGUUUACGGUUAGAGGUAGUCCAUUAGAGUCCUCCUACAUGAAACAAAGUUCUGGCGAAGUUGUCGUACCCCAUCUACCAGAUUUAAAAUGUCUCCUUGUUUGGCAUCGAUGUUCAUUGACUGGCAAAACUGUGGCAGUCCAAUUGCUGGGUGGGGCGUGUUUCAAAAAUGUUGAUGACGAACAAAUAGUUACAUAUAAAUCCUCCAAUGACGCCACACAAUCACAGACAGUUUUUGUAUUGGGUCGUGGAUAUAACUCCAUAUUGGAUGUAAAAAAAGAAGUAUCAUUUAUUAAAUUUUCAGAAGAAGUUGUAAAUGAAUAUUCUAGAUCAAGUGAUGCAAGUGAAUUCAAUUACAAUUUGAGCUUACCAAAAAUGGAACAAUUCGAAGAUCUAGAUGACAAACAUCGUUUAAUUAUUGACAUUGGCUCAGAUGAAACAAUAUUAAAUGCACCAUUUGAGGAUGAUAGCCAAUCCCCGAGAGAUUCCUUUAUUGGUGACAGGAAAUCAGACGGUGAGUUAAGAAGCUUACAUUAUUCAUUAAAAUAUAAUGGCUUUGUUUUUUCAAAUAAUGGAACGGACACAGAAGAAUCUGUGGAUACUUUAUUUAUGAACUACAUUUUGAAUGAAGAUUCUGAAACAUGUAACGCAAGUGAAUUGAAUAAAGGUUUAAACAACGACAAAAAUGUCCAUUCUGUAGAAAAUCAGGACACUAAAAUAAGCGAAUUUAUYGACGAUGACGGCCAAUUGCCGAAUGUUGAGUGUUUGACCGAUGACGACAUUUUGUCCGCUGACAAACCACCCACUGACGUGCAAAAUGUCGGUGAACAUUUUGAGAUGGAUUAUUUUUAUAAUAUAAUCAAAAUUAAACACAGUGUAUUUCGUGUUAAUCUACACACUGAAGAUGAUAUUUUCAACUUCAUCCAAUUAUAUUCACAACGAACACAAACAAGUUGGCGCGUUUUAAAAUCCUUUAAAUCCAGAAAAUAUGACGUUUGCAAGAUCUUUGGAUGUCUUCAUAAUGGUUUGUUUAAACUUUUAAAAAAACAAGAUAAAAAUUUUAAAAUAAACAAAUUUGGGUGUCAAUCAGAGAUUGACAUAAAAAUCAAAUGCUCGACUAUAAGAGGAAAAAAAUGCGAUUCUUUUUUGAAAAAUGGUUUACCAGCAGUUGUGAGAUUUAAAAACAAACAUAACCAUUUAGUUUCUAAAGUCACAGAUCUACCCUUGUUGAAAUCCAUAACAGACAAUAACAUAAAAAUUACGCUUGAUAAUGGAUUUGAACCAGCAAAGAUAUUUCAAGCUUACCAAAUUGGAAAUAGCCCAAAUUUAAGUCCAUCGGCUGUCGAUACUUCAAAUUCAUCAGAGUCAGACGUUGAGGAUAAUGAAACCAAUAACCUUAGUACGUGUAACCCAAGCACAGAAAAUGAAUUCUUUAGUAAGUGGGAGGAUAUUAAAAUACAAUGCGAUAUCGUGCAGUUGAAACCCGAUGGACACCUCGGACCGGGAAAACAGAUCAUCAACAAUGGCGAAUGUACCGACGAUGAUGGUAUAUCCUAUAAGUUGGUUGACACAAGUUACAGUAAAGAAUAUUUCCGAAACCUAAAAGGCAUGAUUGCGGACCAUGAACAGACUAAAUGGCUAAGUGACAAAAUGACGACCAUUGCUGAUCAAGUCGGCCUUUAUAAAUGCUCGGGGAAAAAAUGCAAUGCAGUUUUCAGUCAAUGGAAAUUCUUCUUGUACCACAUAAACGUCCACUGUCAUAUUGCAAGAAAGGAUGAAGAAACACGCCAGUUUAUGACAUGCAUGUAUUGCUUCAAGUCGUUUGGUGUGAAUAACGUAAACGAAUUGACUAAACACAUCUUUGACGAUCAUAGUUUUUCAAAAUACUUCUGUCAGUACUGUUUGUACCGUGCCUACACGGCGUCUCAUGUUCUAAUUCACCAGUAUAUGAUUCACAACAAACAGAAACCUUCGAUAUUAGAACUCCAGGAUCUGGCAGUUUAUGGCACCAUAAAAGAAAUUGUAAAGGUGGUGGACUUUAACAAAUUCGUGUUGCGUUAUGUUUGUAACAUCGGAAACUGUGCAUUUUAUUCUUAUACGAAUAGUGAUUUCUUAUACCAUUUGAACCAGGAUCAUGAAAAUUGUGACCAAUUUUACUGUGACAUUUGUGAUAAACGCGAUAGAAGUGGAUUUGUGUCGCUCAAUCCGACAUCAUUCAUUAAACAUUUCAAUUUGCACAGUAUUAACACAUAUCAAUGUAUUUUCUGCUUGUUUGGUGCUGAAUUUAUCAAUCUGAUGAUUAUUCACUUAGCAAUGGAGCAUUUUGAAUAUGAACCUUUAUGCUUGGAGCGACGUCCGAUAAACGAUUUUUGUGACGGCAAAAAAAUUGAAAAUCUUAAAAUUUUAAAUAUAAAGAAAUGUAUACCUGCUGGUAUAAUCAAAAUUGUGAAUUCUAAAUCACAAAUAGAUCUUAAUACAGAAGUAAAUCAAAUUAACGAAAAAUGUCAAGCAGAUCUCAUUGACACUUGUACAAAUACAAAAAUAUUCAAGGUUGAAAAUACUACCCAGCUCUCAAGAAAAAGUACUAACACAGCUGUUUGCUCAUCAAAAAACACACUUAAACCGGCUAUUGAUAACAAAAAAAAUAUGGUUAUAUCUGACGUAACAAAAAAAAACGUUCCACAACGAAUUUCCAAAGUUUGGUCUUCAAUUGGAAAAAACAAAGAACAUUCAUCCCAACUCUUAAAUUAUGAUAUUACAAACUUAAGGUUUUCAUCCGACGAAUCAAUGGAUCAGUGCAAGUUUAAUUCUAAUAAAAAUAGUAAUAAAAUCAUCCCAGUAGGUAUUACGUAUCAAGAUCACUUGAAUAAUUGCCCUACAGAAACUCCCAUAGAGUGUACUUUCUGCUUAGCACAGUCGGAGUCGACAUUUGAUGUUGUUGAACUUCCAAAACUCAUCAUUUCGAACUGUUUUACAUGCACUUUUUGCAACUUGGAUUUACCAUCUAGUGUUAUUGCCAAGAGCCACGUAAAAGAAGUUCAUAAUAUUUCCAACAUCGAGUUCGUGCCUGUAGAUAUUAAUGCGACUGAUAUUAAGAAAGACCGUUUUCUGGUUUGCGAGGAUAAGGUUUUGAAACGACAAAAACGAGCAAACGAUAACAAAUUUUACUCUAAAGUCCUUAAUAAUAUGAAUCUCACCAGUAUGAAACGCUCUAAAGUUAUUAAUACACAUGAUGAUUCUCAAUCAACUACAACUGAGAUUAUUAAGAAUACCUUAAAACAGGAGAUUAAAUGUGAGCCGGAUGCAUCAGAACAACAACAGAAAACCACAAAAAGAAAACAUUCCAACGAGAGCAUAAAUAACGUCGCCGUCGUAGACUAUAAAAAAAAACCUAGCUGCCAUAGGUUAUACGAUACUAUUCCGCUAAGUAAAAUGGAUAAGUAUUUUACUCCUAAUGCAAUGGACAAAAUUCCACAAACACCAGUCUUCUUGAAUCCCAUAGGAUGUUUACUGUGUGAGUUCCACACAAAAUUGCGAUCUAAUCUAGUGUUACACUUGAACUGGCAUACAGUAGAACUAUAUAUGUCGGAUUUGUCGAAUAAACCAAUGCCUAUAGAUACUGCGUCCAAGCUUGUGAAUAAUCCAUCCUGCAGUUCAUUUGAAGUAAAACAAAAUGAAAAGAUAAGAACAGUUGAAUAUAGUGUAGAUGAUUUAAUAUUAAAAUCAACUACUGAAUCUUCAUCAUGCCAGCCAGGAAAUAAUUUUCCCCAGUUCGUUCCAAGAGAUAAGCUUUUUAAAUGUCCAUACGAUUGUAAUUAUAUUGGUGAGAAUAUGGAAAUUCUGGAGCGCCAUAUACGCCAUACAUAUGAUCAUCCAAAGUUUUAUUUUUAUAUAUGUCCACACUGUAGGCCAUCAAUUGUAAGGUUUAAAAGUCUAUAUGAUUUGGAGUCACAUUUUCAUUUUCAUGGUAUCGAUUUAUACAUUUGUCUGUAUUGUGAUUACAUUCAUUAUAAUCCUUURCAUAUAGAAUCACACCAGAAGAUAACACAUCAGCUUAGAACAAGCGAUAAUAAAUUCAAUAUAGUCACAAUUAGAAGUCAAAAUCUAGAUCAGCCAACAGGUGAAUGGAAAUGCAAUGCAUGUAUGUCUGGUAUCAAGUAUUCAACAACCCAAAUUUUUGCACACCUAUCAAUAGUUCAUAAAAUAUCAAACAUGUUUAAAUGCCUUAUUUGUAAAAAUAAUCACAGCAAUUAUGAAGCGUUAGAACAACAUUUCAAGUUGAGACAUCCGUCURUGGAAGUAAAGUAUUUGAACGAACAUUUUGAYAGAAUUAGUCCAGUUGGUGUAAAACUGCAAACAAAUGUCGAAGAGCAUGCUUCGAGUAAUGAGAAUCAUUUACUAAAUGUACUGGAAGCUUUUGACGGCGUCACUGAACCAACGCCUGCAUUACACACACUACAAGAAACUCCAAUAAAAUCGCUCGAUAUAUCAGGAUAUCAAAGGAAAAUAUUUGACAAACUUUCUGGCAAACUGGUCGAUUUAAAAUUUAUUUGUUCAAUGAUAAAAUGUGAAUGUCCCGUAUGUAACACGUUCGCAGAAAAGAAAAAAAGACCUUCCCGUGAAUUAUUAAAAGAAAUGAAUUGUACAAUAUGGAAAUGCUUAGAAUGCUUUUCGUUCAUUCAUUCAGCAGAAACAAUGGAAAUUAAUGUAAUAAAAUACAAACAAUUAAAGCAGAAAUUUAAGRAAAUUAAAAUUUCCAAAAAAAAGUGUUUGUUUGAUGGAAUAAUUGAAUUUCAAAAUAUACUUAUUCAUGAACUACUCAAAAGCAACUAUCAACAUGCCAAUUGUGAUGACCAAAACGRAACCGAAUUUUAA